GAACAAAAUGGAAUUAGUAGCAGCAGUGGCAGUGAAUGAAAAGACAAAGCACCGCUCGGAUAGAACGACACCGUUUCAACAACCCAACUCCGAUCACAAAUGGCGCGUGGUUUCUCCCUAUUUCACAAACGACGAUGAAAACACAAAAAUGAUCGUGUUGAACAAGAAAAGGAAAAGGAAAAGGAAGAAGAAGAAGGUGGUGCAAGAACGAGUGAUUUCACCCUAUUUUGAGAAAGAUCAAGAGAAGAAAAGAUUGAAGGAAGACCCAGAAACAGAGAAUUUGAACAAGAAGAAUGAAGCAUUAAAGGUGGUUGCUCAUUUGAAGAAAGAGGAAAAGCAUAAGAAGAAGAAGAAGACAGCAAUAAAGGUGUCCCCUUACUUUGAGAAAUCACAAGAAGAAGAAGAAGAAGAUGUUGAUCCGGUUGUUGUGGGUUUGGGUAAAGAGAAAAAGAAGAAAAGCAUUCUGCUUUCUGCUGCAGAGAAGAGAAGCGUAGCGUACGAGAGGAAAUGUUGUGAUAACACAUGGAAGCCUCCUCGUUCUGAUAUUGGUCUUCUCCAAGAGGAUCAUGUGGAUGACCCUUGGAGGGUUUUGGUCAUUUGUAUGCUUCUUAAUCGGACUACUGGUAUUCAGGCAAAGCAGGUUAUAUCAGAUCUGUUCAAUUUGUGUCCCAAUGCAAAAGUUGCUAGUGAGGUUAGCUCAGGAGAGAUAGAGAAGAUUAUACAACCUCUUGGUCUGUUUCGGAAGAGAGCUGUGAUGAUAAAGCGUUUCUCGCAGGAGUAUUUGGAAGAAGGCUGGACCCAUGUCACUCAGUUGCAUGGUAUUGGCAAGUAUGCAGCUGAUGCAUAUGCAAUAUUCUGCACUGGAAAAUGGGAUUUGGUUAAACCUGCUGAUCACAUGCUUAAUUAUUAUUGGGACUUUCUCUGUAGCAUUACUCACACUCUCAAGUAGUAAUAUAGUUUAGUAAGCUUUAUUGGGUAUUCUUGUAUCCACUAGGAAUGUUUACAGAACAACUAACUUUGUAAAUAUUUGGAUUGUUGAAGAAGGAUAUGAUAUAUUAUUAGUUCCCUUUCAAAAAAAAUAUAUCCGAGGUAUUUUAAGCAAACUCCAUAUAACAUUUCAGAUGUUUUUGUACAAAAUAACAAAACUCAAAAUCAAGCUGCAAAACUGGUAAACCACACUCUCACUCAAUAAUAAUAAAAAAAACACAAUCAACCCUCUUUCACCUUAUUCAAAGCAUUAAUCAAACAAUUGUGAAUCACCCAUAUAUGUACGAAAAUAAUAAAUAUUUUUGGGAACCCAAACUGAGCUUUCUAACUGCUGCUGGGUUGUGUUUUGGUGGUGGUGGUGGUGGAAUGGGAAGACUUGCCAGUAAUGACUUUCUUGACCUUGGAGAUAGAGUGUUUCACCUUUGACCCAACCCCUGAAAAUAUUCCUUGAGAUUUCUUGCGUGCAGCUUUGGCAUCAAUGUCUUUUGAGGCAUGUACUAGGAUUGGUGCAUCUGGGUGGUCUUCAUCUUCAUGUUCUUCCUCCUCUUCUUCAUCAUCUUCUUCAUGGAUUUGACUGUGUUCUACCUCUUUGCUGCUUUUUGGCUCCUUUUCUUUGGAUAAGUGUUCGACCACUUGGGUUUUUUCUUCUGUUGAGCUUUGUAUGAGUUCAGAUAGCGAAACCACUGCUUCUUUUUCUUUUCCACAUUGCUCAUCUUUGAUUUCUC